UGUAACUCUGAGGUCUUGAAUAAAGUCUAAAACAAUAUAUUACAAGCAACAACACCGUCAUAAUGUCUAUAGUUCUAAAUGGUGUAUGUCCAGAAAUUUGUUUUUUAAAGACCCGCAAUCUCAUGAAUGACCAAAUGAUCACACAACUUCUCAAAAAACGAAAGUAUUUCGUCCAGCAAGCAGUCACCGAAGAAAUCACAAAAGAAGAGUGUAUGCAAUUAAUAAGACUCGAAUUGAGAGUGUUGGAGAUUUGCGAUAUUGAAAUCAACAAAAGUGCUAAUCUUAAUGCAAUGUUCGAACGUCAGAAUUUCAGAAUCCUUAGCGUUUUGUCCAAUCGAAUCGAUCACUUGUACUACAGCAUGUUUUUACUAUUUUCAUUCGAAUCUGAGUUAUUGGAAGAGUACAUGGAAUUUCAAUCAACACAUAAAUUGUUUAUAACCAACGAAAUACAUCCAUUGAUUGUACUUAUGUCAAAAAAAAAGUGUGAUUCGAAAUUGUACAUAUCUGCAGCAUUAUUCGAACACGAACACCGCAAUAUGCAGGCUGCAAGAAAUUAUUUUAACGAAGGCAUUAGAAUACAUAAAAAUUGCAAAAGACUGCGUCUAGAACAAUUCUUGAUAGAAAUACAAUUUUUGGUAGACAAAGAUCUGGAAUCAUCCCACAUGGUUAUACAAAAGUAUAAAGAAACAAUCGACCAUUUCCGCGACGACAUAGAACUACACAUAAUUUUACUAGAAAAGACCUUACAAGUUGAAUCCAUUAAUCAUCUUCAAUACAUUGUUAUGUUCGAUUUUAUCAAUAGAUACUCUCAAAAUUAUCUGAUGUGGCAUAAAGUUGCAUUAUUAUGUACAGAAGGAUACAUGCUUGAUGACAAAAUUCCGAGCACUAUAAAGUACACCACUAAUUGCGAACACAGAAUAAGGAGUUGUAUCAAAUGGUAUGAAGAAGGUUUAAAAAAAUUGUUAAACAUGGAAAAAAAAAGAAAUUUAAAUGAAUUAUUUACUGAAUAUUUAGUAAAACAAUGGAUAAGCAGUUCUGUUAACGACGAGGCAAUUAGAUGUUUAGUCAACAGAGCAAUGGAACAAGCGUUCCAAAAAGGGCAUUUUGAGCUUGGUGGUCUACACAAACCAGAUUAUUACGUUUAUUGGGCCGAACAUACCAAUCAAAGACGUCCUGAAAUUUUAAAAAUGGCGAUCGAUCGCAACAAAGACAACGUUGAUGUGUGGGUAGAAGUUUUAAAAUAUCAUAAUGAGAUCCUUGAUAAUUAUAAAUUAGUAAAAAUGGUUUUUGAUGACGGUGUUCGGGCAUUGGAAAACAAAUCAUUGUUCUUGUGGAAAACUAUGGAAUUAUAUUUGCAGAACACCAAUCUUUUUCUGCUCGAGCAGUUUUACGAAGAAGGCGCCGACAGCCCAUACAACGAGAUUAACACGGUAUACAGAGUCAAGUAUCUCGAAUGGUGCACUUUGUGCAAAGACAUAGACUUUAGUCGGGAAUUGUUCAGCAGAUUGACAACCAUAGAACCAGAGAACAAGAACUUGUACUUGACCAUGAUAAAUGGCGAGAAAUUGGCCCCUAUUAUAGACGUCAAUAUCAUAAGAAAUCUGUAUAGCCUCACGUGCUUGAAAUUUGGCCACCAAGAAAAUGACGUCCGUUUAUGGACCGAUUGGAUUCAGUUCGAGUUCACAUACGGUAAAAGUCCAGACGCCGAAGACACCUAUAAUGUGGCACUUAUGUUUGUCAAGCCAGAGUUGAUGAGUGUUUUGGAACACGAGUACGAUUUGAUGAAAGAAGCUUACAACAGUCGCACCGUUACUAUCGAUCCAGUUGUUGUUAAAAUUCCAGACCCCGAAGAGUAGUAAAUAGGUAUCUGAUAUAUUCUUAUUAGGUAUAUUUUCUUUUUUAUGUUUAGCACGUUAUUUAAUUAUAAGUGUAACGUGUUAUAUUGGUGAUGAUUGGUUGUGU